CUUCAAGAAGUCUUGCAAAACAGAAUGGCACAAACUGCGAGGUGGACAAUGUGAACAACUGUGCCACUGCGGGAUGUCAGAACAACGCUGCAUGUAUGGAUAUGGUGGGCUCCUUCAAGUGCUUCUGUCCCUCACCAAGCAUCACAGGCACACUAUGUAACAUCACUUCUGCCCCAUGUGAUAGUUCCCCAUGCAGGCGUGGUACCUGCACAUCACACGGUAUUGCCAGAUAUCAGUGCACGUGUCCAGAUGGAUACACAGGGCUACAGUGUGAAACUAACAUCAAGGAUUGUCUCACUGCUGAAUGCCUACAUGGAGGAACCUGUCAUGACCAGGUGAACGGUUAUUUUUGCAACUGUACGACUGGGUUUACUGGUAGGAACUGUGAAAUCGUUGGGAAUUUCUGUCAGCCCGGAGACUGCGAUGUCAACAAUGUGUGUUAUAGUAGUCUCGAUAAGAAGGACGGACUGUGUGCUUGUGAUCCAGAUUUCUUUGAUCCAGUUUAUAUCUGCACUUUCACAUCGAUUCCCAACACUCAAAUUGUUGGUGUCACUCAAUACAAGCCACCAAAACAAGUCACAUCUUUACCACAAUGUGAAAGCCUCUGCCAGGAUGAUGCAACCUGUCUCUACGCUGAAUUAAGUGGAGAUAUGUAUUGUUCAUUCUAUAACAUCAACGGUUCUCUUCAGAAUACUACAAACUACACAGUUCUGAAAAAAGAUUGCCCAACUUCAGGAGACGCAUACAAGUGCCACAGAAAAUCAACUCCCUGUAAUAACAGUCCUUGUAAGAACGGAGCCAAAUGUUUCGAUGAUGGUUUCAAUGCCACAUGCGCCUGUGCAGCUGGUUUCACUGGGUCCCUGUGUCAACACAACAUUAAUGACUGUAAGAAUGAUAGCUGUAAGAAUGGAGGAACCUGUGUGGAUGGUCUUCAAACAGUCACCUGUACAUGUCCUCCUGGAUAUACAGGGUCCAUAUGUGAAACUGAUAUGAAUGAAUGUACACAGAGUCAAUGCAACACAAGUCGAGGUACAUGUGUGGAUAAAUUUGACAUUGACGAGUGCCUCUCAAACCCCUGCAAACACAUGGGCAAGUGUCAAAAUAAAGUAAACGACUAUACAUGUACAUGUCCUGCAGGGUGGACAGGGAAAGACUGCAGUAACGAAAUAAACUAUUGUGCCAAUCGGACUUGUCAGAAUGCACUAUGCUACAAUCUACAAAAUACAUCUUUCUGCAGAUGUGAAGGUGGUGCUUCAGGGGAGAAUUGUGAGAAUGCCACCAAGGUCUGUGAUGUCUUGUCCAACAUAAAGGUGUGCACAAACACUGGCAACUGUACAGACAAGCCUGGCACAGCCGAGUGCAAAUGUCCUAUAGAUUAUUCCGGAGUGUCUUGUGAGUUUGUCAAGGACUGGUGUUCACUGACUGGGGAUGCCUACCCAUGUAAGAAUGGUGGCCAGUGUUCACCUAAGGGCCCUCUAGGAUACAUGUGCACCUGCAAAUCAGGCUAUUCUGGGCCCAAUUGCACCACUGAGGCUAACCCAUGCUUGACGAAUCCUUGUGGAGGAAAUGCUUCAUGUUAUCACAAUGUCACAGACUACAUUUGUCAGUGUCCUGAAGGAAAGACUCUAUCAAACAAGCAGUGUCUAGGGGAUUCAUCUCAACAUGUGCUGCUUGUGAAUACAUUGUAUUGCACCUCUCCACCUGUGCUGCAGUCACCAUUCAGAUGGACCCCUGGCAGCCUCUCAGUCAUGCUGUGGGUCAGAUCUCACAAUGCAGGAAGUUCUCUCUUCUCCAUUUGGUUGUCUUCUAAACUGCAUCCAAACUUCGCUAGUGGCAUGGAUGAAUACGGGAUCAUUGUGAACACAAGUGGAAUAUAUGCGUCAAAUAAUACCAACUGGAUGGGUAUAAGAUUCUCUGCGGACUUUGGUGGAAAUUUGCAUGAUGGCAAAUGGCGUCAUUUAGGAGUGUCAAUUUCAGCUGCAGGCAAGAUGUCUGCAACAAUUGACGCUAUCACAUAUCCCCAGGAAGUUGCUGUUGACCCACUGCCGACUUCAGCUCAAAAUGGUCAGGUGCGCCUUGGUGAAGAGUACGUGGCAGAGUAUGAAAGAUUAACUGUCUGGAACGCAAUCCUGAGCAAUGUGGACUUUACAUUAGCCUUUGGUCAGCUGAAUGAACCAUCAACGGGUCUGAUACAGGGAUGGUACAACUAUGACCUGAAAUUCUCAGCAGACAGAAUGACCACUAGGCUGCCAGAGAAUAUACUGGCCUACCCCAACUUGAAUUUCCCUAUGCUUAACUGUGGGCCACACAAUUUAAGCCAUGUAUCAUCAGACCGGAUUGUGAGCAGUGAGAUACUCUCGUCUCUUGCGGAUGACCUUAAGGCUUCCAAUAAUCAGUCUUUGACCUUCAAGAAUUCGCUACUGGCCUCCAUGACAUGGGGCUAUUAUGAAGCAAUUUUUGUUAGCAUUGACCCCACAACUAAGAAUUACGGUGAAUGUCGGACACAGGCUUUCAUCAAAUAUAAUGACAAGUGUCCCAACCCAGUCAAAGACAACAGUGUUACUAAAGGAACCUGCCCUCAAAAUACGGAUGCAGUGUGCAAUGUGACCUGUUCAAUGUCUAACACUGAAGCUCUGUUUGCUCCACUGCCUCGCUACAUGGCCUGUAGUUCUGUAGGAGUCUGGUGGAACAAGAAGCCCUAUGAAAACCUGAUUUUACCUGGUUGCACAACUAAAGGCACACCAUCGUACAAAGUGACCAGUGAAAUGAAAUUUGCGGCUGUAAUCAAUUGUAACCUUGUAUCUAACUUAGAUACAGAAGUGGGACAAAAACUUCAAGUUACUUUGUCUGGACUCAAUAGUACUAAAUGGACAGACAUUUGCACAAAAAAAGCAAACACACCGGCCAAUUCAUGUGAUAAUCUUGAGAUUAUUAACAAAACCUGUGAGACAGGCACACCAGUAUACAAUGUGAAAUUUGCACUGACCUUUGACAGCAAGACGCUUACACCUUUUGGAGGCGGUGCCCCUGUGUCAGUGCUGGAUGUCCUGAGAAUCAUCAUUCUGCUGGAAAAGGACCUGGAUGCAAGCUUCAGGACGAUAGCCUCCUCUACUCUGCUGACAGGCACCGUAGUGAUCUCUAUGACAGAAGUGUGUGGCACUGGGUAUGCCCUUAUGAAGGAUGAUAUAGGCAGUAUUUGUGUCCCGUGUGGUGCAGGCUGGUCUCUGGAUUCUCAGUCUAAGCAGUGUGUACCAUGUGAAUAUGGCUUCUACCAACCAAGUACAGCUCAGACAAUGUGCACCCAGUGUCCUAGUGGCAAGACCACGUACUCCAAAGGAUCAAAAGCUGCAUCUGACUGCGUUGUGUCCUGUCCGAUUGGUAAGUCAUACAAUGCCACCUCUGGUGAAUGCAUGGACUGUCCACGACACUAUUACCAGGAUGAGACCGGCAAGAACUUCUGUAAACCCUGUCCUAUCGGCUUUAAGACAGUGGGGAAUGGGUCAAACAGCAACACGCAAUGUAAAGAGGACUGCCCUGCUGGCUACACUCGUAACCCUGGAGAUAUCACUAAAUGCAUGCAAUGUCCACGUGGAACAUACAGGAAUACCCAGGAUGACUGUCAGGCCUGCCCUGCUAGCAAAUAUACCAUGGAAAGCACCGUUGCCAUAAUUGCAAGCAACUGCGACAUGGAUAACUGUUCCUUGGGUGCCUACUGGAAUACAUCCACCUCUACAUGUACACCAUGUCCUAUUGGAGAAUAUCAGAAUACACUGUACCAGGUUCAGUGUAAGAUGUGCAACACAAACUAUUCCACAAACGACACUGGCUCCAGUGAUGUCUCAGCCUGUAUAUUCUUCUGUCCCGCGGGAAAUGAACAGAAAGUGUCAGGAGAGUGCGCACCUUGUGAAAGAAGCUUCUACAAAGACAACACAGGCAACAACAAGUUUGCCAUGUGCAAGCCAUGUGGUAACGGGAUUACGACUGAAAGAACAGGAGCUACUUCCCAGACCAUGUGUAGCAUACCCGUGUGUCGUGGCGGACAGUAUAUCAAGAAUGGAGCCUGUGAGGCCUGCCCUAUGGACUCAUUUUCCAAUGAUGCCUUACCCAACUCCAACACGACCUGUAUCAAGUGUACUGGUGCCAGUGGACUGUUUGGCACCAAAGAGACCGGAUCCAACUCCUCACAGUGUGAACGUUACUGCUCUCCUGGUCAGGAACUUAAAGGACCUUCCUGUGAAUACUGCCCUCGAGGUUACUACAAGGAUAACACAGGGAAUAGUCGAUUUGAGGACUGCAAACAGUGUCCAGCUUCAAGUGGUAUAGGAACAACAACUGAUGCAACAGGAGCUAACAACACAGACCUCUGUAACGUUUUUGCCUGUACCGCUGGCCAGAUUCACACCCCUUCCGGGUGUAACGCAUGUCCAGCAGACUCCUACCAGAGUAUGACAAAUCCAUUCUCCUUCACAACCUGUUCAAAAUGUCCUAAACAAGGAUUGCUGGACACUGGUACAAAGAUGACAGCAUCUACUAUGUUAAGCCAGUGUGAAGUAUUCUGUCCAUCCGGCCAUGUUCUCAAUGUCACCAAGUCUGGCUGUGUUCCCUGUGAAAGAGGAUCAUAUAAGAAUAACGCUGAAAGCCUGGAAGCACGAUUCGCUGCUACAUGUACCCUUUGUACUAUUGGACUCACCACAGAGACUACUGCAAGUACUGCUGCUGGCAACUGUACCAUAUCCAAGUGUGCUGCUGGCCAGUACUUGAACGCCAACAAGCAGUGCACAAACUGCCCGUUAGACACCUACUCCAGUGAUCCCCAUCCUACCUCUGCAACCACAUGCCAGAACUGUACAGUGGCACUACUUAAAGGAACAACAGCAACAGGGGCCAACAGCUCUGAUCAGUGUUUGCCCAUAUGCGGUGGAGGCAAGUAUUAUUCAAGUGCUAAUGGAACAUGUCUGCCCUGCCCCCAAGGCCAGUUCAAAGAAGCAUCAAACCGGUUCGGUCAGUGCCAGAAUUGUACAGAUACACUCUACACAACAGUUGGAACAGGAUCCACCGCUAAUGAUAACUGCACACUGCGUGCUUGUGACCCUGGAUACAAGAUAAAUGGUGCAAAUUGCGACCCCUGUUCAACUGGAACCUUCCAGAAUGUCAGCUACCAGACCUUUUGUUACAACUGCCGAGAGAACACCAACACCAGCCAGACUGGAAGCACCAGUGAAAACGCCUGUCAGAUUUACUGUGGUGCUGGUCUGGAGACAAACCAGGCUGGAAACAGCUGUACACAGUGUCCUGUGAACAAGUUCAAGGCAGUAUCUGGUGUGGCACCCUGCACAGAUUGUCCAACAGAUUUUACAUCCAACAUGGCUAGGACCACGUGUAACAUAGUGCAUUGUGCUGUGGGAAGGCAACUGAAUGUCGCAGGAACAGGGUGUGAUCCUUGCCCCAUCCAUCAGUUCAAGAACACAUCGGGUAACACAGCCUGUCUGCCGUGUCCUGACGGAGUGACCAGUCUUACUGAAGGGGCUACGGCAUGUACAAGCAUAUAUUGUGUGCCCGGUAAGACUCUGGUUGAUGCUGACUGUCAACCAUGCACCAUUGGGACGUACAAGGAAGUAAAAGGCAACCACCAAUGUACCACAUGUCCAGCAUCUAAUACAAACUCUUAUACAACAUCAGGGACUGGAUCAACAUCAACCGCACAGUGUGACACAAUUGUAUGCAAAGCGGGUCAGUUUAGGAACUCAUCCCAGAAGUCAAUUUGUACGUCCUGUCCCCUGAACACCUAUCAACCAAGUCAAGGGGCAACCAGUUGUCUCAACUGUUCCUCAGAUCACAUAACUCUCAAAGAGUCAUCAACAUUACCAGGAGACUGUGUUCCAAAGUGUACAGCUGGUCAGCAAUAUAAUGAGUCAACCAAGACCUGCUUAAAUUGUCCAAAAGGGACAUACAAGACUGUCAGUGGAAACUAUAACAACACAGAAAAAUUAAUUGAGUGUUUGCCAUGUACAGAGAACACGACCACCUUGGGAGAACGCUCUAUCAGUCCACUGAACUGUACAGAAAUUGUGUGCCCAAUGGGAACUUUCUACACUUUGGUCAAUUCCAAAACCCAGUGUGUAGUCUGUCCAGUGGGUCAAUACAACGAUAUGAGGAACCAACCCCAGUGUAUACCAUGUCCUCCUGGGAAUACAACCUUUGAUACUGGAAAUGUAUAUAUUGCAUCAUGCAUUGAUGAAUGCCAAAUAGGAUAUGGCUACAGUUCUGUUUCCGGAAAAUGUGUGAUCUGUGCCACUGGAGAGUUUAACGACAAGGAAGGCUCAAACCCGAACCUUUGCAAGAGAUGUCCCGCUAACUUUGUAUCCACACAACCCGGGUCUAAGAAAUGUCUUGUUCCCACAAAUACUGAGCCGUCACAAGUUGAUGUUGAUGUCACAAUCAAAGUCAAGUACAAAAUUGCAAUUGGAUCCUGCGAUGAUUUAACAGUGUUGAUUUAUAUACAGGAUGAGAUUAUUAAAAAAAUUCGAGUUGUGUUGGCCUCCAAAAAUGCAAAAAGGUUUGGCCAGUCUAAAGGAAUCUGCAAAGGAAUUUCCUGCGAUAAUUUGUUUUUUGUGAAAGUGAUAAAGUGUUUGGUAAUAAACCAAGGACGAAAACGUCGAGAUAUCAAUAGUGAACUUGAAGUGGAGUUUAAGUUUGAGAAUAUAAGUUCCUAUGUUACUGACCUGGCUGACAAUUCAAGCGUGACAACACAAGAUGCUAUUGCUCAGAUUCUUGGGGAGGCUGCUGUAGACAACGAGCUUAGUCCAGUGGACGGAGUCAUUGAAUACUUUGGCCUUGAUAAUGUUUCGGUUGUGGAGCUAUGCAGUGCAGGGCAGCAGAAAGUGAACAAUACAUGUGAGGAUUGUCCGGCAGGCAGCUAUGGCCGCGAUGGCAAACAGUGCACAUUAUGUGGUCCAAACCAGUUCCAGAAUAUGACACGGCAGUUCAUCUGUCAGCAAUGUCCUUCUGGUACCAUCAAUACAAAUAAUGGAUCAACCGCUUCAACUGAUUGCCUCCCUGUGUGUGAACCUGGCUACGAGUUCAAUAAUGCCAGCAAGCAGUGUGACAGAUGCUUGGUUGGAAGGUACAAGAUCAUGGCAGGCAACGCUGAUUUAUGUGUAGCCUGUCCUACUGGAACCACAACAACCGGCCUGGGAUCCACAUCCAGGGACAUGUGCAAUGAGACAUCCUGUGAACCAGGCCAGACUCUGGUUGGAGGUCAAUGCAUGCUGUGUGCGACGGGGACAUACAAGUCUACAGUUGGCAAUGUCCAGUGUACAACCUGUCCACAGGAUUGGACCACACCCAGCAAUGGAUCAACAAAGGUGACGCAGUGCGACACAAAGAUAUGCCCAGCUGGCCAAUUCAGAGAAGCCUCCCAGAAGACCAACUGUACACCUUGUGCACAAAAUUCCUAUCAGAAUGCAGCAGGAAUGACUGCCUGCAUCAUGUGUCCAAAUCAAAUGGUUACACUGAACACAGCAUCUACGUCAGUGGCAGCUUGCGUUACUGAAUGCAAGGCUGGGACAUUCUAUGAGAUUGUAUCAGGACAGAUCAAGUGUACAGCCUGUCCUAAAGGCACAUACAGCAAUGAGACCAUGUUGAUUCAGUGUAAACCAUGUGCUACAGGAACUAGUACAGAGUUUACUGGAGCAAUCUCAGCCACCGACUGUACAAGUGAGUACUAG